AUGAUUACAUGUCUCGAAAUGGCGCUCUUCUCCAUGCUCUUCCUGUUCGCGUAUCCGAUUAGUCCCUACACCGCAAAGGGCCGCAUCACCGGCCUGCUCCACGGGAGCGGUCCCACAAGCCAUCCAGGAUACGUGGGCGGUCCUCUAGGACUCAGUGCUUUGUUUGAAGCACUUAAUAUAUUUGAUUUGAUUAAGGCUAUGAUGGUGGCGCCGAUGAGGCUAGGCAAGGGAAGGGCGAUGAUGAUGAAGGAGCAAGCGAGUGCGGCGGAUGAGGGUCCCAAGAAUAAGGCUUAUGGGGGCUGA